CGCGCCUCUGUUUGAGAGCCGCGUGACAGAUGUUAAAGUUUGCUUCCUUUAAAUAUCCCAAAUCGGCAAAAAAUGUGUACAAAAAAAGUGCGUGAGUGGUUGGUUUUACUGACCAUGGAAAAGUAUGUUCGUUGCUUUACAGAGCAUGGAUACAUGAGCAUUGCCCAGUGCCAACAAAUAUUAACCAGCGAUCUCAUCAUGUUGGGAAUAGAUAACCCAACCCAUCGCCAGCUACUACUAACUGGUGUGCAGCUCCUCAUUAAUUCACCCAAUCUUUUCGUUUGCCCAGAGCCAUGCGAAUUGCAUGUAUCGAGCGCAGAUCAAGAUUUGGCCGAAGAUUUCUUGGAUACCUGCAAAAUUGACUUGCAAGCAAUAGAUAGUUCAUUUAAUACGCCACAGCAUGGGCAUGGUAAAAAUAAAUUUGGUUUUCUAGCCAGAGCAAAACGUGAACGCAAGUCAAAGUCAAAGAAAAGCAAGGAGACUUUGUGCUCAGUCAACAUAAAAGCCAACUUUACCUGCGUCGCCUGUCCACACUUGCAUUUUGGCCAGCUUUACGAAUUGGAUGAGCACAUCGCCGCCUUACAGGAGAGCAACGAUUCGUCGGCAUCCCAGCACAAAUACGGCGAUCUCAUAACCAAUGUACAAGAGGCGACACCCAUUAUUCUAAUUGAAUAAUAAUUUU